UUGCACACACCACAGAUGAUUUCACAUGAAUAAAUCAGAAGUAAACUCUCCCCUAUAGGUGCUGUCUGGAGCUAAACCUGAUGAGAAAUGUAGCCUAGUUGUGAAGCUUUACGUUGGACUUAGCAAUAGCACUGAUAGGAGGCAAUACCACCUACAUUCAAUAAAAGGUAACCUCUCUGAUGUCUUCCAAAGCCAAAGAGGAGGAAACAAGUGAGAGGAUUCUUCAAGCUGCUUCCAUUUGCCAUUUCACUCAGACUGUGGAUCUUUAAACUCGGACCCUGCUUUCUGCCCAUGUCGAAUCUACAGCACACAAGGGAAACGUGCUAAAUGUCUCUUUAAUGCAACAUUUAUCAUUUACAUUUGAUCUGCACUCUUUAACUCUCCAUUGCAUGACUCUCACCAGUGUGCUUCAAUUUUCAAUUCCUCAGCGUCGUCCCUAAGAUAUCAGUCUUCCAGUAGCUUCUAAUGGUCAACGGCUGAUAGGGCCAUAUAUCAAGCAACCUGUGUGUCAACGCACUGGCAUCAUUUGGUGUGUCGUUGUGGAGCUAAAGAGGCCAAAGGGUGUGCCACAGAGUAUACAUAGUUGAACAAAGGCCCUUUUGGUGCUAACAAGGGGGCCGAAACCUGAAACUCAAAGUGAUUCCUGUCUGUGGUAACUCUAUACGCUAUCACGCUGAAAGGCUAAACAAAGUCUGCAGAAAAAUAAAAAGUGCUUUAGAUCCUGAGCAGGCGAAGAGACGAGGCACAUCUUCCACACUGCUUCCGUUUGGAUUUUCAGGUGCUUGAGAAGACCAGAUCAGCACGAUGACCCAGCCAACCCUCCUUUCAACGCGUGUAUGAGCUGGACAAAAUAAAAAAAGGAGGAGAAGAAGAAGACACCCAGAGCGCAUCACACCCAGAGUCCCAACAGCCUCCUCCUCUCAACAUAGUCAGGACAUCCUAGAGGUUUUCACCACCAAGCUGGAGUAGUUGCUGUUUAGAUCUGUAUUGUAUCUCCUAUUCGGAAGUGUGUGUGUGUGUGUGUGAGAUGUGUGGUGUGUUUUGACGCCGUUGAGAGCCUCCACCAGUCUUCUUUCUCCUGUCAGGAUGUCCCAUCUGCUGCUAACCCUGGCCCUCCUGGCGCUUCAAGCAUGUCUGUGUCGUGGAGCCUGCGUGGAGGUGGACUCAAACACAGAAGCCGUGGAAAAAAAAGGUUUCAAACUGGGCUGCAUCUCCUGUAAGAAGAGGGGCGAGGUUCCCGCCAGCGCCUUCGUCGACUGGUACUUCAAGGAUCCAGACAAUUUCACCCAUGUAUACAGAUAUAAGAAUAAAGAGGCCAAUAUCACUGACGAACGUUUCUUUGAACGUCUUGUUUGGAAUGGCAGCAAAAAUACAAAUGACCUGCAGGACGGCUCCAUCUUCAUCCUAAACGUGACAUUCAAUGACACGGGACGCUACAGGUGCAUAUUCAGCCGAACCCUGAUGUAUCCUGCCUACGAGUUUUUCACCUUUCCCAACAAGACUAUCGACAUGACAGUGGUGGCAGAACUCACCAGGGGAUGGGCAUCCAUCUUGUCUGAGGUAAUGAUGUACGUCUCCCUCAUCGGGCUGCAGGUAUGGCUGGUGAUUGAGAUGAUUUACUGCUACAGGAAGAUUUCAGUGGCUGGAGAGGAAGCUCUUAGAGAGAGCGCGCCGGAGUAUUUAGCUAUAGCGUCGGAAAGCAAAGAUAACUGUGCAGCUGUACAAGUGGCAGAAUAGCACCGGUCGAGGAAAAUUCCAGAUGUCUUCCUUGAGGAAUCUCAUAUUCCCACUUUGACGCUCGAGUCUCCUCUGACCGUCCCUCACAUCAGAACUAAACCACAGGGAGAACACAGAUCUUCACUCGACUAUCUGCAAAAAGAUGGAAAGGACUGAACUGCAUCGUGUUUGGAGGACAGGAUGGAUGCAUCAGCUUGUGGAUUAACAGGAAGAGAUAGAGGGUAUAACUGUAUAUGUAUAUAUGAACAGAUACUCUUAUAUAAAUAAUAUAGACCUAUAUUGACUAUCCACUAUCUGCAUGCUUAAGCUAAUCCAA